AUGUUCCCAAAUGAGCCUCAUAGCUUCAAUUAUUUGCGAUACGCAAAAGCGGAUGAAUUGAGAAAAGAAGAGAAAAGUAUACCGAACAUAAGCAUCAGAAACUUAUGUGUUACAUUAGAUAAGCGAACUUUUUCCGAGAAUUAUCAACCUGAAGUUCCUUGCAUAUCACACUUUUUACAUGAUAUCUCAUUCACCUUAAAGGGUGGCAAUACACUUGCACUUUUGUAUACAAAGGAAUCAGAAAUGCGUGUUCUAUUGGAACUGAUGUCAAACACUAUAUCGCAGAAAUAUUUAAUUAGUGGAAUAUUGAAAAAUAAUGGACAUGAAAUAAGUAUGGACAAGUUUGGUGAUCGUGUAGCAUACGUCAAUGCUGACGACACCUAUCCUUGGCUUACAGUAGCACAAACUGUACAUCUUCAAAGUUUAUUUGUCGCAUCCGAUAGAGAUACUUUCAAAAACGCCAAUACGAUCGAGCGAGUCAUCCAAGCAUUAGCUCUUUCACCAAUUCACAAUUUUUUGUGCAACGAACUGACAGUGGCCGAACGGCAGCGUUUGAAAAUUGCGAAGCAAAUUUUGAAAGAUACUGAUAUACUGUUAUUGGAUAAUAUCACAAAAGGUAUGGACCUCUACGAUAUGGCAUUUGUCAUCGACUAUUUACGUGAUUGGGCCAUUAAACUGAAUCGAAUUGUUGUCAUGGCCGUGCAACCACCAACAAUUGAAAUUUUAAUUAUGUUUCAUAAAGUAGACUUAGUAACCCAUGACUAUUUGACCCCUGAAUCAUCUUUGGAAUCAACAAAUCGUAUCAAACGAUUAACAGAGAUAUGGAAGGAAAAAGCAGUUGAUGAUGAAUACAAAAUGGAAUUGAUGACCGAUGAACUAUCGCCAAAGGUUCAUCGAAUUAACCGUUGGCGAGCUGCGCUUCUCAUUUACAGGCCUGUACUUUUUCUCUCAUGA